AUGUCUCGCCUCUACUCGACCGCUCCGACGUCCCUCCUCCGCCGCCGCUCCUCCUCCACCUCGCGGCCCUCACGCCAAGCUCCUCACGUCGCCCUUUCCGCCGCCACGGAGCGCGCCCGCUCCGGGACGCUCAGCCCCAAGGACGCACACGACAUGUUCGACGAAUUGCUGCUGCAGGCCACUCCAGUCCCGGAGCGCGCCCUGACUGGCUUCCUCGUCGCCGUCGCCCGCGCGCAAGCUUGCAGGGACGGUCUCUCCCUCCUCGUCGCCCUAUUCAACCGCAUGCCCCGAUGCGAUGGCACGCCGGUGGCGCCACCCACAGUCCGCACGUACGGCAUCCUGCUCGACUCUUGCUGCCGCGCGCGGCAGCCGGACCUAGCGCUCGCAUUCUUCGGCCGCUUCCUCAGGGCGGGCCUCAAGGCAAAUAACCUUAUCGUCAACACCCUCCUCAAGGUCCUCUGCCACGCAAAGCGGACAGAUGAGGCUGUGGACGUGCUGCUUCACAGGAUGCCGCAUCUCGGCUGCAUGCCUGAUGCCAUCUCAUACAACACAGUUAUCAAAGGCUUAUGUGAUGAUAGUAGGAGCCAGCAUGCACUCGACCUGCUCAGGAUGAUGGCAAAACAAGAAGCUGCCUGCUCCCCUGACGUGGUGUCAUAUAACACGGUCAUCCAUGGAUUCUUAAAGGAGGGCAAAUUCAGCACAACAAGCAACCUAUUCAAUGAAAUGGUACAGCAGGGCGUUGUUCCUGAUGCCGUGACAUAUAGCUCGAUUAUUCGUGCGUUAUGCAAGCGUGGAAGAAGCAGAGAAGCAAGACAAAUUCUGGAUUGUGGGAUUCUCAAGGGCCUCAAACCUGAUAUCGUUGCAUACACUACUAUGCUUCAUGGGUACGCUACAGAAGGACGCCUUGUUGACAUGAAUAAUCUCUACAACUUGAUGAUAGGAGAAGGUAUUGUACCUAACCAAUAUGUGUUCAGCAUAUUGAUUAAUGCACAUGCUAAGUGUGGAUCGGUGGAUGAGGCCCUUCUUAUCUUUGAAAACAUGCACAAGCAGGGAGUGCAGCCGGAUGUUGUAACCUAUUCAACCAUGAUAGAUGCGUUUUGCAGAAAUGGUAGGAUGAAUGAUGCUAUUGAACAAUUCAACCAGAUGAUUAACAUGGGGGUACCCCCGAAUAUAAGGACUUAUAGCUGCCUGGUUCGGGGUUAUUGUACACAUGGUGAUUUAGUGAGAGCUAAAGAAUUGGUUCAUGAAAUGAAGGAAAAAGGCAUCCUUUAUCCUGGCAUUAUGUUCUUCCAGUCAAUAAUAAACAGCCUAUGCAAUGAAGGAAGAGUGACAGAUGCACAAGAUAUCUUUGACUUUAUGAUACAUAUAGGUGAGAAGCCCGAUGUUAUCAUGUUCACUUCACUGAUUGGUGGAUACUGCUUAGUUGGCAAGAUGCAGAAAGCAUGCAGGGUACAUGAUGAUAUGGUAUCGGUUGGCAUUCAGCCUAAUACCAUUACGUACAGUACACUUAUUGAUGGAUACUUUAAAGCAGGAAUGGUGGAUGCUGCAUUGACUCUAUUCAGAGAAAUGUUAGGUAUGGCAGCUAAACCGGAUACUCUUACUUAUAACAUCAUAAUGGAUGGAUUAUUUAAGGCUGGUAAAACUGUUGCUGCGAAGGAAAAGUUCGAUGAGAUGGUCAAAAGUGGAUUGAGAUUGUCCAUUGAUACAUACAAUGUAAUUCUCAGUGGGCUUUCCAAAAAUGGUUGUGCAGAUGAAGCAGUCAUGCUGUUCGACAAGUUGCAAGCAAUGAACCUUAAGUUUGAUAUUAUAACUCUCACUACUGUAAUUGAUGCAAUGUUUAAUGUUGGGAGAAUAGAGCAAGCUAAGAAUUUGUUUGUUGCAAUACCAGCCAAGGGAUUGGUACCUAAUGUUAUAACAUACACUACGAUGAUAUCAAACCUUAUAGAAAAAGGAUUGGUAGAAGAAGCUCACAGUAUAUUUUCAUCAAUGGAGACGAGUGGUUGUCCUCCUAACUCUCACCUGUUAAAUGUUAUUAUCAGAAAGUUACUGAAAAAGGGUGAAAUAGUCAGGGCCAUCAGUUAUAUGUCCAUACUUGAUGGGAAGAGCAUGUUGCUUGAAGCUUCAACUACUUCCCAAUUGAUAUCUCUCUUUUCAAGGCAAGGGAUAUACCAUAAGCACAAAGAUUUGCUCCCAGCAAGGUAUCAGUUUUUUGAAGGAGACAUCCACAGUUGACAUGAACUUAAACCCUUGAAAGGCAUGCUUAAGAUUUUCAUUGCAAUGAGUCAUUUCUGCUGGUACAAGAAAUGCAGGCUGCUGCGGGUACAAAGAUGAUCAGAGGUACAACUGAUUGCAUUUGUUACAAAAAUGGCUUCUGGUGACUGGUGGUGAUUGUUGAAGCGCUCGGACUUCGGAUAGGAUGGAUCCACCUUCUAGACGCAUCGUAUGGCCUGCAGAUGCAUUGGAACUUCAGAUUUUGUCAGAGAGAAGUGUCGGUUGUUUGGCAGUGUAUGAUGCAUUGGAACUUCAGAUUUUGUCAUAGAGAAGUGUCGGUUGAUUGGCAGUGUCUAUGAACGCUGAGAGUACUUGUGUGGUCUAGUUUACUACUGUAAGUUGGUUUCAUUGUCCUGGAAGUAGCAUUUGUAUGUGUUGAUUCCUUCUUCUUUUUUUCUAGAAUGCAUCAGUAGUCCUAAAACAUGCGUGUCUUGAAGAGGAUACUUGCUUGUUCAUUAGUGUUAGCAUUUUGUGCUUUAGAAGCCAAGGUAUUCAGAUUCGCUAUUUGUAUUCAACAAAAAUCUG